AAAACAUUUGACUUUUCUGUUGUUGCAUUGUGGUUUGGUUACAGUCGAAUGUUUUAAUUGUGUGUUUAGUUAUUUCGACUAACAAUUAAUAAACCUGAGUCAUCAUCCCUAAUUAGAAAACGAAACAAAUGACUGAGCCCACUAAUUUAAGCGGGGAGUUUUCCUCGUCAUAGCUCAUAUAUAAGGCAUCUUGCAGGUCACAAAAGACUUGCCGGUUGAGCAAUUUGCUGCAAUUUUAAGUUGCUCCAUCCGUGCAUUGGAAUAUUUUUGUCGCAGAUAUUAAUACCCCAAUAAAAAAUUGCUGACUAUGGAUGUUAAUUGUAAUUUUUAAAAAAUGCCAUGAAUUUUGUUGCCCUGAAAAACGAAUUGGAUUGAUAUAAGUAUUAUUUACUAGUAAAUAAGAAAAAACUUUUAAAUCCGUAAACAACGGCUGCAGGAUGAGUGAAAUUUAAUCCAAAGAGAUGAGGAACAAUGAAAUCGAAUUAAACAGCUGAUUAUUGUUUACAUGUAUGUUUUUAUUUAUUGAACGAACUAAAUCAGGAAUAUUUCAGGAAUUCAAUAGAACAUUUCGUAAACAAAAUCAAUAAAACUGAAAAUUUGUGCAUGUACAUUUUCAUAUACAUGUAAAUUUUCUUCUCUCUAUACAUUAUCCAUGAAUUUACAAUUUUUAGGGUUUUACCUUAGCCGAAACUGUAAUAAAACUGAACCAAACAAUGAACUGCUUUUAGGAAUUUCGUUGAAGUCUUUUUUUUCCAACGCUCUAUCAAGGUGGGGCUUGUUGAGACGAGGCUCGCCAUCAUCCCCGGGGCAGGGGGCACCCUAUAUCUCCCUGCAACUGUUCGUGCAGAAAACACGUAUUCAUUCCCUGCAAUGUUUCUUUAAGGCUGCAAUUAUAAUUUAUAAAAAGAAAAGUUUAAAUAUUAAACAAAUUAUUUCAAAUAACUCGCCUAUCUUUUCCCUGCAGGACAAUGAGAAUUAAAAUUUUAAUAAUAUUGACUUUCACCUUAAUGUUAGGGAACGUUCAUGGUCGCGAUGAAGAAGAUUUGCGAUUGGUCGGGGCCCGUAGCACCAUAACGGCGAUAUCCAUCACGACGAUCACCACGACGGUGCCCCUCACGUGUCUCACAGCCAUCUCCACCUCGAACAUCUGUCGCAAGAAACGCAAGCUUUUGCUCAAUAAAGCCGUCAAAGACCGAGCAAUGAGGGACGAACGUCACAGCCAUCUCGACAGCAGCGCCAACAUUGACGUGGUCACACAUGACGAAGGAGACGAAGCGUUACAACGAACUCCUCGUCUCGCGUUAACCUUAUGGACGACGUGCACUAGCCCCUUCACAUUCACUAGCACCUCCACCAACGCGGCACUCACUUUUGCCGUCUCUUUCCAAUGCACAUUCCCCGGACAGUCAUUUCCUCCAGCUUGUGGAUAAACAGACUUGGUGUAAACCACGGAAGAACUGACAAUAUAUUACCUAGCAAUUCAUCCCGAACAUUUUGAUUGCCAGGUAAACAGUGAGUAUUUGCACUCUGGAUUGUUACUAGUUCUUUAGCAAAAA